AUGUCUUUGGAAAUGGCCGCCAAGACUGGCGACGUGGCGGCCCUCGCGCAGCACGGUCAGGCUGGGUCCGACCUGAAUGAGAAAUUGGACUCUAGCGGAUGGACAGCGGCUCACUAUGCCGCGCGGUACGGCCACGCGGCGGCGCUGAAGGUCCUCCACGAGGCCGGUGCCAACUUGAGUGCGACGACUUACUCUUCCCAGUCUGGUUCCAGAACCCCGGCCUACCUGGCAGCCAAAGAUGGGCAGGCAGAGGCGCUGGAGGCGCUGAAAGAGGCUAGAGCCGAUCUGCAAACGGCUGGACAAGAUGGACGGACCCCGGCGCACGCGGCCGCUUCCAAUUGCAAGGUGGAGGCGCUAAAAGUGCUGAUCGAGGCCGGUGUCAACAUCAACGACACAGACUUCUACGGAAAUACGCCGGCCGACGACGCCGCCGGCGGGGAAGGAGCGGACUGUUAUGAGGCGCUGAAGCUCCUCCUCGAGGUCAGGCCGGUGGCACAAGCAACGCCUGGUGAUUGCCGCAGCUUGCAGAUUGCUCCGCAGAUCCCAGGGCUACCCAGGUCCCGGACCGCCUCGGUGGCGAGCAUAAGCAUUGAGAACAACCUGUCGUCCUCCAGCUAUGAGCACGAUCCGAGGUCCCUACCAAGCGGACGCUGGGCGAUGGCUGAGCCUGACACCCAAGAAUCCACGAAGUCGGAGCCCGUGCUGCCAGCUCCCUAUCAAGCACCAGUUUUAACGCCUGCUCUCUCGCAGUCCUUGGUGAAGGACCAGGAGGACAGCGACGAAGACUUAGGAGAUAUCGCUGAGGACAUGGCAGGAGAGGGCGCUGACAGCUUUGCCAUAUGCCCAGGCCCAAACGAUGCCAGGGCACCAGCGAUCACAAGAAGGCACAGUAUGGCCAUCCUACCGGAGGCCUUUGAGCCCCUGCAAAACCAGCCUCUUCCAGUGCCUGCCUGGAGACGACUCCUCCGAAGCCUUGCCAAGCGACUGCUUUGGAAGUCCUCUCCAAAGGAAGCAGGCAAGGUCACUCCCGAAGCCACAAAGGUGAGGCGGAUUCUUCCGGCUCACUCUGUGGAGAUCCCGGGUAGGUCCGGCCGUCGCCGUGCAGUCGUGCUGCAGGAGUUUGAUUUGCUGCAGGUCCUGCAUAGAAGUUUCCGGUUCUCUCGAUAUUCCUGGCCCUUCUCCGAUCCGGGGGGCCGGCCGAGACAGUAUUGGGAGAUUUUUGCCUGCACUUUGCUCUUGCUGCAGCUCCUGUACGUAUGCUUCCAGACCAGUUUCAUCACUUUCGAAGACUACCAGGAUCAAGGUUACUGGGAGUUGAAGCUGGCUUUGCUUGCGGUGGACGUCUUUUGGGUCAUCGAUCUGGGGAUCAACUUUACCACCGGCUACCGAGAUGCUACACACGUCCUCCACAGCAGUGCCCGCUCAAAUGCACGUCGCUACCUCCAGUCUGGAUUCACCUUUGACCUGCUGGCUACCCUACCCUCGCUCCUCCUACACGUGCUCCUGGUGGUCGACCCGCCAACCUACGGCUUCUGGCCCCUCAGGUUGGCAGGUCUUACUCCUCUGGUACGCGCGAUCCGCUUCCGUGGGGCCUACACGCUGCUCAGCCGGUUGGAAGCCAACAUGAAAUCCUCGGUGGUUUCCUCGGCCUGGUGGCUUUUCCAGCUGUUCAUGCUUCCCAUUGUGUUCUCGCACCUCUCCGCCUGUGCCUUAUGGUCCCUCGGCCACAGCAACCUGGAAGCCGACCCAGACACACCCAGCUGGAUCAAACUGGGCCUGGACAUCUCCAACGAGCCCGGCGCUCUGCAAGCCGUACCAUUAGGAGAGCGCUACACCACGGCCAUGUAUUUUGCAAUCACGGUGAUGUCCACCGUGGGGCUGGGUGACAUCAGCAUGAGCCUGUCGAACGAAAGGGCUCUGCUGUGUGUCGUCAUGGCUACCACCAGCUUGGUCGUAGGUGUCGCAGUGAAUGGAGUCUCGACGAUCGUGUCCAAGCUCAGCGAAAGAACGGCAGCGAACAUGGAACAGCUGGCAAAGGUCUCGAAGUUCCUAAAGGUUUACAGAGUUCCCAGAGAGCUGCAGUCACGGGUUCACGACUAUUUGCUGCAAGUCUUCGAGAAUCGGGAACGCGAAGAGACCAAGUCCAUGCUGAUGGGUUGGCUGAAGAAGUCGGAAGUCCUUCGGACGAAAGUGAAUUUGGCUUUGACAGGAACUUGCUUGGUCCAGCACCGCUGGCUGAAGCUGCUUCCCACUGAAGUCCUGGCAAGCGUCUGUGACCUCUGUGACAUGCAGUUUCAUCCUCCUCAUCAAGAGCUCAUUACCGAAGGAGCCAUGGUGAAGAGCUGUUUUCACAUCCGAAGCGGCUCGGUACAAACACGCAAUCGACUGGGGCUGCAAGCUUGGGCAGCAACAUCUGGCGAUGAUGCCGAGGAGAGCGAUGAGAUCCAGAAGGAAAUCGAGGCGGCUGACGCAGCAAGUCCGGAUGCGAGACUGCAAGGAGGAGCCUUCAUCGGAGAGUUUCGGCUCUUCUUGGGGUCCAGCCGCAGCUUGAAGACGGUGACCUGCCUUUCCUUUUGCGAGCUCAUUUCCAUCGACGUGUCAAAGUUCGAGUCCUUGAUGAGCGAAGCGAUGCCCGAGCUCUUCGAUAUGCUCGUGAUCUAUGCUGCAAUCGACCACGAUUGUCCCAAGGCCAUGCUCCACUGCUUGGAGCAGCACGGCAUGUCUCCGGAGAUGCCGCUGCUCUUCGGUGAGGGUGUGCUUCACCACUGCGCAAAGGUGAACGCCGCAGCCUGCGCAGAGCAUUUGAUCCGGGCCCUCGGCGGAGAUGCUGCCCAGGUACAGGAUCAAGAUGGCAUGACGCCAGCACAGCUGGCAGCAGCCCUGAAGCACAAGAAGGUUUUUUGGGCCAUGAUCCAGGGCAGCAGAAGCACCGGUGUGACAGAGGCCGACGUGUUGCCCAGAGAAGACAGCCAAGCGAUCACGCCGUCGGCUUGGGCGGAUCGAGAUGAGGAGCCUUACACGAUGGCAGCGGUCCAGCAGCUGUUUGCUGCUUGCAGCCGAAAUGGCCUCGCUGCUUCUGCGGGAGAAAGCUCCAAGGGUAUGGAGGAGUUGGUGGAAGAGCUGAACACAUGCCAAAGUGAUCUUCUGGUCAUGAAUGUCCGGGGCGGGAUGCAACAAACACUGCUGCGGCGGGUGAGGUUGGUAAGGCUUCGCUUGCUGGCCGUCAUCGACGACAACGUUCAUGUGUUGGUAGAGCUCCAGUCAGACGCUUGGCUGAGGGCACGGGAUCAGAAAUUGGGGAAGCUCCCAUACCGGCGCAUGCAGGAGAAUGAAACUGAGGAGGAGGCUACGAACAAGCUGAUGCAGGAGCUGGGCAUCUCGGCACAUCUUCUGGAGGAGAAGAUGGUGGUGCCCAUCGCGAAGUCAUGCUAUGUCGAGACCAGGACGUCCAUGUCGUAUCCAGGCUUGGAGACUGAAUACAUUGUCUACGCAUCGACGUGGAAGGUCCGAGCACAAGCACUAGACAAGACGGCGGAGAUCGGGUUGCCUCUUGGUGAGCCUUUCACAAAGGAGUUCUGCACAUCUACCUUCCGCAUGGUCAGCAGGCAGUUCUUUUGGCCUGUUCUCCUCAACUUCGCGCCGGCGAACCAGGCCCCGGGUGCACAGUCGGAGAGUUUCAGGGGGCAUCCGAUGCCUCAUGAGGAACCCGACAAUG